UUUCCCCCGCUCACCCUCCCUCCUCCUCUCACCCUGCAGAUCUUGGAGCGAACCCUGGAGCCGGACAGCUCAGAUGAGGAGCCCCCUCCCGUCUACUCCCCUCCGGCCUACGAAAGCCAGGAUUUCAGCAGCCGGUACCCCCACGCGCCUCCCACCCCGCCGCCACGGACGGACGUGCCGGGGCCUGGCAGCACCCCAGUGCCCGGGCGCUACAGGAACUGGAACCCGCCGCUCCUGGGCAACCUCCCCGAGGAUUUCCUGCGCAUCCUGCCGCAGCAGAGCGCUGCCACACAGGGCUCCCACGGCUGCCGGCAGCCCGUGGUGCCGCGGGGGCUCGCCCCCCGGGGCCAGGGCUCCCUGGAGCAGGAGCGGCGGUGGAAGCAGUACCUGGAGGACGAGCGGAUCGCGCUCUUCCUGCAGAACGAAGAGUUCAUGAAGGAACUCCAGAGGAACCGGGAUUUCCUCCUCGCCCUGGAGAGAGAUCGACUGAAAUAUGAGUCCAAAAAAUCCAAGUCGACCAGUGCUGCUGUCAGCAACGACUUUGGUUUCUCCUCCGUAAUAUCAGGUGACGUAGCCCCCUCUGUGACCAGCGAGGCCGGCGGUGCCGUGUCCGACGAUGCCUUAUUCAGAGACAAAUUGAAACACAUGGGAAAAUCCACGCGCAAGAAGCUCUUUGAACUCGCCAGAGCCUUCUCUGAGAAGACGAAGAUGAGGAAAUCGAAAAGAAAACACUUGUUAAAACACCAGGUGUUGGGGACAGCGGCUUCCACGGCAAAUCUUCUCGACGACGUUGAAGGACAUUCGUGCGAUGAAGACUUCCAAGCGCGGAGGCAGCAGCUCCGGGAGGAGGAGGAGACACUGAAGGAAGGGCAGUAAAUGGUCCCAGCGCUGGGGUUUAUUGCUGGCACAGAACGUGCACGAGGCUUCAUGAGAAGAUGGCUGAAAAAGGAAAAAAAAACACCCAACAAAUAACCCAGUUUUUUGGCUGUUCCCCCUCUGCCGUUGUACUUCCCUGAAGUACAAGUAUCGAAGUGAGGCACAAUGUUUUCUUACCAGCGGUUUGAAAACAACUUCUCCUAUCUAGCAAAUCAGCCAAAAAGGAAAAAAAAUAGGAAAAAAAAAAAUGUCAGCAGCUGAUGCGAGCUGCUGUGGAGGAGCCAGUGGAGCUCAGACUUGGGAGGAGCAGCGUCCCGCCUGCUCUCUUGGUCCGAGCGGCGUCGCGGGAGGAAUGAAAAUCAGUUGUACUAACGAGGAUGCAUUCACCUGUGGGAUCUGCUUGGCCGGGGCGCUCCUGAACAUAUCUCCGUAGCGAUCUGAUGUAACUUCACUCUGCGCACACAGGCAAAGAAAAACCACCACCACGUGAGAAAGAGAACCUAACAGCCGUUGUCUACUAUUGCUAGGAGUAACGAGCAGAGAUUCAGAUCAGGUAAUAGUCAAAUAAUAUAAAUUGUUUAUAAAAGGAAAGGCCUUCUUUUCCUAGGCGUUUCACUUUGAAUUAAACCUUUGCCUUCGGCAUUGCUAAAA